AUGAAGGUGUUUGUCUUUCUUUCCAUCAUCGCCCUCGCUUCUUCUCGCUACGUCGUGAAGAGAAACGCUUACGGAGAUGAGCAAGUAACCCCAGCUCCAGCUGCACCAGUUGCCGCCGAAGCCCCAGUUGAGCAAGCCCCAGUUGCCGUCCCAGCCCCAGCUCCAGCCGCCGCUCCAGCUCCAGACUGUGGAUCCGCUGCCCCAGCCCCAGCCGCCCCAGCUGCCACCGACUCCGGAUACAGAAGCAAGAGAAACGCCUACGGAGACGAGCAAGUUACCCCAGCUCCAGCCGCUCCAGUCGCUUCCGAGGCUCCAGUUGAGGAGGCUCCAGUUGCCGUUCCAGCCCCAGCCGCUGCUCCAGCCCCAGACUGCGGAGCCGCCGCUCCAGCUCCAGCUGCCCCAGCUGCCGCUUCUGGAUACAGAAACAAGAGAAACGCUUACGGAGACGAACAAGUCACCCCAGCUCCAGCCGCCCCAGCCCCAGCCGAGGCUCCAGUUGAGCAAGCUCCAGUUGCCGUUCCAGCCCCAGCUCCAGCUGCUGCCCCAGCCCCAGACUGUGGAUCCGCAGCUCCAGCCCCAGCUGCCCCAGCCGCCACUGACUCCGGAUACAGAAGCAAGAGAAACGCUUACGGAGACGAACAAGUCACCCCAGCUCCAGCCGCCCCAGCCCCAGCCGAGGCUCCAGUUGAGCAAGCUCCAGUCGCCGUCCCAGCCCCAGCUGCUGCUCCAGCUCCAGACUGCGGAGCCGCCGCUCCAGCUCCAGCUGCCCCAGCUGCCGCUUCUGGAUACAGAAACAAGAGAAACGCCUACGGAGAUGAGCAAGUGACCCCAGCCCCAGCUGCCCCAGCCGCCUCCGAAGCCCCAGUCGAGCAAGCCCCAGUCGCCGUUCCAGCUCCAGCACCAGCCGCCGCUCCAGCUCCAGACUGUGGAUCCGCUGCCCCAGCACCAGCCGCUCCAGCUGCCACCGACUCCGGAUACAGAAGCAAAAGAAACGCCUACGGAGACGAGCAAGUCACCCCAGCUCCAGCCGCUGCCCCAGCCCCAGCCGAGGCUCCAGUUGAGCAAGCUCCAGUCGCCGUCCCAGCCCCAGCUGCUGCUCCAGCUCCAGACUGCGGAGCCGCCGCUCCAGCUCCAGCUGCCCCAGCUGCCGCCUCUGGAUACAGAAACAAGAGAAACGCCUACGGAGAUGAGCAAGUGACUCCAGCCCCAGCCGCUCCAGCCGCCUCUGAGGCUCCAGUUGAGCAAGCUCCAGUUGCCGUCCCAGCCCCAGCUCCAGCCGCCGCUCCAGCUCCAGACUGCGGAUCCGCUGCUCCAGCCCCAGCCGCCCCAGCUGCCACCGACUCCGGAUACAGAUCUUGA